AUGACAGACUACGAUCUUAAGGCCCUGAGGACCUUGGAGACUGAGGACUACCUAGUUGAAGACCUGAAAGAGCAGCAGGUGGAGGUCCCCAGGGAAUGGAAACCACCGGAUAUUGAAGAAUCCGAAGCUCUGCCCUCCCAAAUCCACCCGUCCUACCUUUACGGCAACCCCUUUAGUCUGAACCACCCCGCCUCCGCCGCUCGCAUGCACAGAGAGCCGCACUCGCGCGCCUUAUUCCAGGACUCAGGAUAUGGGAAAGGGGGGAAGAACGACAACCUCCAAUGGAAAGACUUGGCGCUCCAUGAGCUGCUCCCGGUGGAUAGGGCGAAGGAGGAGGCAGAAAAGUCGGCGCAGGCGCGGAAGAUGGCGAGUGGGGCCGCGCCUGGUAACUCGGGUGCGCAGCAGCAGCCUGAGCCUCCCGCUGGGCCGGACCAGACUCUCGACGACGACGACGAAGAUGGGGGGGAAGGCGAUGAUGAGAGCGGUGAGGAAAGCGGCGAAGGAGAAGACGAAGACGAAGACGAGAAUAUGGAGGACCGGAGUGAUUUGGAUGACGAAGAGGAAGAAUAA